CAAUAAAUGUACCCACAUGCCAUCUUCAGUGACAUCGAGGGCAACUUCUCUUCGAUUGGCACGUCUCUUUCAUAAAAGAGGUGUGGAAAGGUACACGUUGGCGAAAUAAUUGCACAGAGUGGGGAACAGGAAGAUAGCAUUUGCGGGCUUUAACCUGUCGUAAGACAAAGUACCACAGUCCAAAGCCAUACCGACGCCAACCGAACCCAGCAAAGACAACAACAGCAGCAGUACGAAGAGAAAACGGCCGCGCGAUUCAACCGGCACCCCUCCCCCAAAGAAAGGAGGACAUCGAACAGGAGACGAAACAACACGGACUGGCACGGGAAGCGGAGGGAGCAGUGCAAAAAGCGAACAGAGCAUGGGUAAGGACUACUACCAAGUUCUUGGUGUCAGCCGAGGAGCAGAUGACAAGGAAAUCAAGAAGGCGUAUCGCAAGGAAGCCCUGCGAUGGCAUCCUGACAAGAAUCCCGACAACCAAGAACAAGCCCAAGCCAAAUUUCAGGACAUCUCCCAGGCCUUCGAGGUGCUCUCCGACCCGGAGAAAAAGAAGGCAGACGACAGGAUGAGCACUGCAGACAACGGCGACGGGCCAAAAAGCGUGGCCGCCAUGGCGAAAGCCUUGGCUGCCCAGCGUGGCGAGGAGUACGUGCAUGACUUGCUCAAGGGCGAGUUUUAUGACGACGGGGGGCGCAUUACUACGAACGCGGGUAUGCAGUCGGAGGAAGACCACGAGCGUGAGAUUCAGCGCACGAUCCAGAUGGUGCGAAGCGCCACACACGCUCUGAGCGUCCGGUCGCAGGGGUCGGAACAGCGCUCGAUGAGUCGGAUGCAAAGUCUCCGUGCCGUCUUCUCCAGCCGGGAGGACAAGGAGGAGGAAGCAAAGGUGCCUUUGGACGACCUCUUCGACGAGAACGACGUGCCUGUCACCAUGACGCGGACCAAGACCGUGACCUCCCUGGACUCGGAGGGCUUAUCCUCCGCCCUGGCCGCGGAACUCCUCAAAAAAUUUGGCCGCAACGAGCUGCCCGAAAAGAAGAAACCAAAGUGGCUUAUUUUCCUUGAGCAACUUUACCAACCCAUGCCUCUGAUGAUCUGGGCUGCCAUCAUCAUCGAGGCGGCCAUCGAGUCGUGGCCCGACAUGGGCAUUCUCCUCGGAAUCCAGUUUAUGAACGCCUCCCUUUCCUACUACGAGACCACCAAGGCCGGCGACGCCGUUGCGGCCCUCAAAGCCUCCUUGAAACCCCUAGCUUACGUGAAGCGUGACGGAAAAUUCCUGUCCAUGGACGCGGCUCUCUUGGUGCCCGGUGACCUGGUCUUGCUGGGGGCCGGGGGCGCCAUUCCCGCCGACUGUGUCGUGAAGGACUCUCAGAUCGAUGUCGACCAGGCUGCGUUGACGGGCGAGUCUCUCCCCGUGACUUUUUUCAAGGGCGACAGUGUGAAAAUGGGUUCCACCGUGGUCCGCGGUGAGGUCGAGGCAACAGUGGAGGCGACUGGUGCCAACACUUUCUUCGGGCGUACGGCGGCUCUCCUCACCGGUGGGGACGAGGUCUCCAACUUGCAGAAACUUUUGAUGCGAAUUAUGAUCAUCCUCGUCGUCCUCUCCAUGGCCCUUUGCGGUAUCGCCUUUGGCUAUCUCUUAUCGCGAGGCGAGACUGUCCCCAUGGCUUCCAAAUGUGCCUCUGAGAACAGGAGCAUCGGAAAAGGAAACAAGGAUGAGCAUGGCCACAUGUCUGACAGCUUCUACAACCACGAGGGCCGCUUGGCUAAGAAAUCCAACAGGAUUGGGAACAUGGAAAAUGAUGACCACGAACGUGCCCUGGAACGCACCAUGCGGGCAGUGAACUCGGCUUCCAUCGCCGUGACCCUCCGCUCCCAAGGCUCGCUCGGCCACGGCGAGGGAAGUGCCCCUGGCCUGGACGGUGUCUUCGCCAAGCAGGAGCCCGAGGCCCCCAUUCACAUCGACACGGAUGAGAACGAUCCUGAGAUCCACCACCUCCACUCCGAGGGUCUUUCCUCUGCCUUGGCCGCUGAACUUCUCAAGAAGUUUGGCCGCAACGAGCUCCCGGAGAAGAAGAAGCCCAAGUGGCUGAUCUUUGCCGAGCAACUCUACCAACCCAUGCCUCUGAUGAUCUGGGCUGCCAUCAUCAUUGAGGCGGCCAUCGAGUCGUGGCCCGACAUGGGCAUUCUGCUGGCAAUCCAGUUCAUGAACGCCUCCCUUUCCUACUACGAGACCACGAAGGCCGGCGACGCCGUUGCGGCCCUCAAAGCCUCCCUCAAGCCCGUGGCUUACGUGAAGCGUGACGGAAAAUUCCUGUCCAUGGACGCAGCUCUCUUGGUGCCUGGUGACCUGGUCCUCCUCGGCUCUGGAGGUGCUGUCCCCGCCGACUGUGUGGUCAUGGACUCCCAAAUUGAUGUCGACCAGGCUGCGUUGACGGGCGAGUCUCUCCCCGUGACCAUGUUCAAGGGCGACAGUGUGAAAAUGGGUUCCACUGUGGUGCGUGGUGAGGUCGAGGCAACAGUGGAGGCGACUGGUGCCAACACUUUCUUCGGGCGUACUGCUUCCCUGCUUUCUGGUGGGGACGAGGUCUCCAACUUGCAGAAACUCCUGAUUCGUAUCAUGAUCAUCCUCGUCGUCCUCUCCAUGGCCCUUUGCGGUAUCGCCUUUGGCUACCUGCUGGGCCGUGGCGAGACUGUCCGUGAGUCACUUUCCUUCACGGUGGUGCUCCUGGUCGCCUCCAUCCCCAUUGCCAUUGAGAUUGUCUGCACCACCACCCUCGCCCUCGGCUCCCGCGAACUCGCCAAGGAUGGCGCCAUCGUCUCCCGCUUGGCCGCCAUCGAGGACAUGGCCGGGAUGAGCAUCCUGUGCUCGGACAAGACGGGGACCUUGACCUUGAACAAGAUGAUGAUCCAAGAGGAGACCCCCAUCUACGUGGAGGGAGAGACCCAGUACUCCCUUCUCCGCUACGCGGCAAUGGCCUCCAAGUGGACCGAACCCCCCCGUGACGCCCUGGACACCCUGGUCCACGGCGCGGCGGACAUGGCCUCCCUGGCGAGCAUCAAACAACUUGAUUACAUGCCUUUUGACCCCACCAUCAAGCGCACGGAGGGGACGGUCCAAUUGCCCAGCGGCGAGACCUUCAAGGUCAGCAAGGGUGCCCCGCACAUCAUCAUGCACCUCGUCGAUCAAGAAGUGCACGCGGCCACCGUGGCGCAGUGCGACAAGGACGUGGAAGCGUUGGGAGAGCGUGGCAUUCGUUCUUUGGCCGUGGCCAAGACCAAGGGCAGCGCGGACGGCCCUUGGGAACUGAUUGGACUCUUGACUUUCUUGGACCCCCCCCGCCCCGACACCAAAGACACGAUUGAACGCGCGAACAAAUUUGGCGUGGAGGUGAAAAUGAUCACAGGCGACCACCUCUUGAUCGCUAAGGAGACCGCGCGUCAGUUAUCUAUGGGUACGACUAUCGAGAACGCGGCGCUCUUGCCUAAGCUGGAGGAGGAUGGGAAGCCUCCCAAGAAUUUGAUGGAUUACUUCAAGUACAUCGAAGCUACGUCUGGUUUUGCCCAGGUCUUCCCCGAGCACAAAUUCUUGAUCGUCGAAGCCCUCCGUCGUGGCGGAUACAAGACUGGUAUGACUGGUGAUGGUGUCAACGACGCUCCUGCCCUGAAACGUGCGGAUGUGGGUGUGGCUGUGCAGGGUUCUACGGAUGCCGCCCGUGCUGCCGCAGACAUCGUCUUGACCAAGCCCGGUCUCUCCACCAUCGUCACCGCCAUCAUUGUGGCCCGUACUGUCUUCGGGCGCAUGACCUCAUUCAUCACCUACCGUAUCGCCGCCACCCUGCAGCUCCUGAUCUUCUUCUUCAUCGCCGUGCUUACCAUGCAGCCUGCGAAGUACGAGCCUGCGGGUGCUCUGGAGGAGUGGCCCGCAUUCUUCCACAUGCCUGUGAUGAUGCUUAUGCUUAUCACCCUCCUGAACGACGGCACGCUCAUCUCCAUUGGCUACGACAACGUGGUGCCCAACACCACCCCCGACAAGUGGAACCUUAAGGUGCUGUUCACGAUUGCCGGCGUGCUGGGCGGUGUGGCUCUGCUGUCUUCCCUGUUGAUGCUGUGGGUGGCGCUCAACUCGCACAACCCUGCAGGGAUCUGGGCGCAGGCGGGUCUGGCGGGGCUUACCUACGGACAGAUCACGUCGAUGGUGUACUUGAAGGUAUCGAUCUCCGAUUUCUUGACGCUCUUUUCUUCCCGUUCUGGCGCUGGUUUCUUCUGGACAAAUAAGCCGUCUGCGAUCUUGCUGGUGGCUGCGGGUAUUGCCUGCUCGCUGUCGACGAUCAUGGCGAACGCGUGGCCGGAGUCCAGGCCUGAUGGCGUGCCUACGAUUGGCCUGGCUCGCGUGGCCCCCAAGGAACUGUCUCUGUACGUCUGGAUCUACUGCUUGCUGUGCUGGUUCAUCCAGGACGCUGCCAAGGUGGGGGUAUAUGCCUUCCUCAAGAAGUACAACAUCUUCGGGAUCAACGACAUCGUUGCGAUGAAGAAGGCUGACCCUGUAGAGAUGGCUUAA